AGAUUCGAAAGUGGUCAAGCAGUUAGUCAGUGGAGCGACGUAAAACGCGUCGCGCGUCGAUCGCGACACAAUAAGAGACCCAAAUAGAAAAACUAUUUGUUCGAUUUAAAAAGUUUGAACCGACCGGCGGGAACGAUUGACAUCAAUCAAAAUUCUUCGCGUAUUUUGGUUGUUGUGGUAAAUUUGUGCUGUGUUUUAAAGUUGUAAAAUACGUGACACUGUUACAUAAAUAUUUUCGAAAUAAUUGCGGUCAUUUACGGAGGUUUGCGCAUACGCACGUCCAACUUCGGAGUUGUAUACGAAGUAGUUCGCGAUCGACCGCCAGCGGGAGAGCAAGUCGCUUGCGGCGGAGUUCAACACAAAUAAGAAUAACACUCAAUGGGGAGGAUCUAGUGUUGUGUGGUGUUGUGUGUGCUUUCUGUGUUCGUACAAUUGUGUUUUGACAGUUCCUCAGGAUGCAGGGCCGUGACAAAUUAUGCGCAAAGCUCACGAGCGCAUUCCUAAGGAAGUGGUGGUUCGUGCUGGCCUCUGCGGUGGUUCUACUGCUCCUGGGUAUCACAUGCGCAAUAUUCUUCGGCUCGUGGAUUCGCAUGUUCAUAGACCAUGAGCUGGUACUCCGCCCGGGCUCGAUGACAUUCGAGUGGUGGGCGCGACCACCCGUGCGGCCGUUCGUCCACGUCUACGUCUACAACGUGACGAACGCGGACGAGUUCCUGAACAACGGCUCCAAGCCAGUGUUGGACGAAUUAGGACCUUACGUCUAUUCAGAAGAAUGGGAGAAAGUGAACAUCACGGACAACGAAAACGGCACACUAUCGUUCCACUACAAGAGGACGUACACCUUCAUGCCAGAUCUCAGCGCAGGCCCUGAUGAUGACUCCGUAGUGGUGCCCAAUAUACCCAUGUUGAGUGCAACAUCUCAAUCAAAGCACGCCGCACGAUUCCUCCGGCUUGCCAUGGCUUCCAUCAUGGACAUCCUCAAGAUCAAACCCUUCGUGGAAGUGUCUGUGGGGCAACUGCUCUGGGGAUACGAAGAUCCGCUGCUGAAACUGGCCAAAGACGUGGUGCCGAAGGAACAGAAGCUCCCAUAUGAGGAGUUUGGACUCUUUUAUGGGAAAAACGGCACUUCGCCAGACGUAGUAACCAUGUUCAGCGGCGGCUCUGACAUCACGAAGUACGGCAUCUUCCAACGCUACAACCAUCGCGAACGCCUGCCCCACUGGAGCACGGACGAGUGUAACAGCAUCGCCGGCUCUGACGGCUCCAUCUUCCCUCCCCACAUCACCAGGAAUGACACCCUCGCCGUCUAUGACAAGGAUCUGUGUAGACUUUUACCCCUCCGAUACCUCAAAGACGUAGAAUCGAGCGCGGGCGUGCAAGGCUUCAGAUUCACCCCACCAGAGGACGUGUUCGCGGACGACGAGCAUAACAAGUGUUUCUGCCCCGCCGGCCCGCCGUGCGCCCCCAACGGGCUAUUCAACGUAUCCCUAUGUCAAUAUGAUUCGCCUAUAAUGCUUUCCUUCCCGCACUUCUACUUGGCUGACGAGAGAUUCCGCGAAGCUGUGGAAGGCAUUUCACCUCCCGUACCUGACAAGCAUCGCCUCUACAUUGACAUUCAGCCCGAGAUGGGCACGGCGAUGCAGGCGCGCGCGCGCGUUCAGAUCAACCUGGCGGUGUCGCAGGUGGUGGACAUCAAGCAGGUCGCCAACUUCCCCGACAUCGUCUUCCCCAUACUGUGGUUUGAAGAGGGCAUAGAUGAGCUCCCGGAAUCUGUAUCAUCGAUGCUCCGGCUGGCCACCAAGGUGCCGCCCAUCGCACGCGCGGUCCUCGGCUGGGGGCUCUCCGCUCUGGGGAUACUGCUCAUCCUCCUCGCAGUCACCUGCCUCAUCCGGUCGUCACAUCGUCAAAGUACGUUAAGGCUGGAAGGUCACGCGGUAGCCAAGCCUCCGCCUCCAAAAAUACCCGGCAAAGAAAAUGGUUACGAGUUAAACAAUAGAAGAUAACAUGUAAAUUGCGCUUUUAUUAUUCUUAAAUAUAUUCGUAAACGUGUUUGUCACCGUUUUUUGGCUCGAUUUUUUUCUAUCACUUUCUACCAAAUUGGUAGAAUUCGGUAGAAAGGUAUUUUAUGUGAAAUGUUCUUGCAACACUGUUGUAUGAAUUUGUGCCAAACCAAAAAUCUACCAUAAAUAGAGAAAGAAAUCUUUGCAAAAAUUAGAAGAAAUUGAACAAAAAUAAUAUUUUGCAAACUAUGACACGAAUAAAAUGAAAAUUUGAGCCAAAAAACGGUUAUAUUCAUACCCCUAUAGAUUAAAAAACAAUAGCCUUAAAAUAUUAUAAAUUCAAAUUAAACUCCCCCUAUAUUUAGAACUUUGUAUUUUUGUUAAGUUUUGUGACUCGAAUUCGAUAUUAUUUACUUUUGAUCUUGAAAAAAUUAUAUUUGUCAACUUUAUUUUACGGUAAAAAUGGUAUUUUAGUUUAUUCCUUAGCAUUUUUACUCGUUUAGGUACCACCUCUUUAACGUUAUAGGGUACUAUUAAAUAGUUCGUUUUUUAUUUUAAGUUUUCUUUCAACGAAUGUGAUAAUUUCAAAUUUAAGAUUCGAACAAAUUUAGUUUUAAUAACAUUCGGGAAUUUGGUUUGAAUGACUGUUUUUUUAACUGUAAAUAUUUUUAAAUCUUCGGUCGGGCUUCGGGUUGCCAUUAAAUAAAAACUUUGCAGUUUUAAGGCAAAUGUAAAAAUUAGACAAAAAUAAAUUUUAUAACACGGAUGAUGAAAUAGGUAGGUUUUAAAGUCAUAAAUGUUAUAAAAUUGAAGGAAUCGCAAGGUUUACUGUAGGUAAAUACGCGGUAAAUUAAGAUAAGAUUAUAAGAAAAGAUAAAAAGUUGGUCUAAGUCGAGCGUCUAUCAUUUUUUUAUAAAUUAUCAGAUAUCAAUCUGUUUACUCUGAAUAAUAACAAAAAAUAGUUUUAUAGUAUACUUUCCGAUAUUUUGAGUUUUAUUUUGUAAAUAAAUAUUAUUUUGACUUUUUAAAGGUAAAAAAACAAUAGGUAGGUAGGUACUUAUUUACUUUAAAAAUCUUAUCUUAAUUUAUCUUAUUACUAAAUACCUAAAAUGUACAUUAUUUUUACUGAUAGACUAGUCUGUAUCCAUCCUUAGGUCUAGGUGUACUUUUUUACCAUUUACUUUUUUUUCUUAGCCUUAAAUCUAUCAAGGAAUGGUAUUAGUUUAAUUUUAGUCAUAUUAUAACGUGAAUCAUAUAUUAUAUUAUCUUGUUACUUGUCUUACAAUCACAUACAAUUAUAACAAUAAUUCAGAUAGCACGAUCGUCAUUUUGAUUCUUAUAAAAAUAUAUCACAAAAUUAGCAAUAAUAAUAUCAAAAUAAUAAUCCUACUGCCUAAACUAUUGAGUGAUACAAAUUUUUUGAUAUAGUUAAAUAAAUCCCAAUGAUGAUUGAUAUAUUUUCAACUUAAAUCUACCUACAUAAUAUCAUGUAAAGAUAUUUAUGUAUCUAUUCUUUGACAUGAUUAAAUAUUUACUUUUGACUGUUGUGCAUGGAUGUGAAAUAAUUUGACGUGAUAAUUAUAACGAUAUAUUAAGACAAUAUACUAUAUCUUAAAUAAUAUAGUACAUAUACUGAAAACACUGAUUUUUUUUCACAUAGUUUUCCAUGUUGACAAAAGGUCUACUUAAAACAAUAUUGCUGUAUAAAAAAAUUGAACUUAAAAGUUUGUAUUUUGUUAUAAAUAUGUUUUUUAAACGAAUGUAGAAUUGAUUAGUUUGAUUAUAGUGUAUUAAUAUUGUAGGGACCUCACUAAUAAAAAUUUACACAUUGCCUAUAGUUACAUGGUAUUUCUGACAAACAGUUGACGUGUAUAAAUCAAGUACCUUUACUCUAUAAAAACUAUGUAAAUUAUACUAAAGACCUAUAAAUUUGAUACUAUUCGAUUUGUAUUACCUAAACUAGCGACGUUGUUUUUUUGUUUGGAAUAAAAUUAAAAAAAAAAUAGUUAUGAUUUAAAUGUUAAUUUGUGAAUGUAUUUGUACUGAAAUAUAAAAUAAAAGUUAUGUCAUUCCUUUAAUAGGACAGUGCUUGUGGCAACACUAAACAGUUGUGGCUUGAAUACAUUAUGUAACAAUUUCUAUUUAUUUACAUGGGAGAAGAUCUUUUUUGUUAAUUUAGUACCUACUUUUUACCUAUUCAUGUUUUUAUGCACCAAUUCUGUUAAUGUUGCCACAUCAUCUACCUAUAAUUUGCUCAAAUUCGGGACUUAAUUUUUAACGCACGUUUAUUAUAAUUUUAUUGUGUAAAGUGCGUUAUGUAAAUAAAUGAAUAAAGGUGUAAGUUAUAUUACAAAUA